UCAGUUAAGAACGAAAAGACUUAUGGACCUUGAACAACUGUGCCAAUAUACUUGCUCUCUCUCGCUUAUUUCCAACCUCCGAAAUUCAAAUUCUCUCGUCUCUCGUCUCUCUCUCUGGGUCUCGACUCUCUAGCAAUGGCGCUUUCUGCAGCUUUCAAGGAGAGACUAGAUCAAAUGGAGUUUACCAGAAACCAACGUCUCCAUCUUCUCCAGGCGGAGAAGGAGCUACAAGUGGAAAAAUCACAGAUACUAGCAACCAAGCACGCAAGCAUACAAUCAAUAGAACGCAAAUGUUUGAUGCUCGACCAGAAAAUCGCUGCUCAGAACCUCAAGAUCACACUUCUCAGAUCUACCUUCCAAGAUCUCGAUUCCAAAUACCACUGCUCUGUUCAGCAAUUGAGGACGCUAAAGAGUGAGGUUGAAGAGUUAAAGGAGUUAGACCAAGAGAGGGAAAAGUAUUACCAGCUGAAAUGCUCUGAGAUGAACGAGUUCAUGCAGAAUGUCGAGAGGUUCAGAUCAGAGAACCGAUUACAAGUGGAGAACUUGAGGAACCAAGUCAAGGAGCUUAGCUCAAACGUUUGAGGAUAUACAUCACAAGAACAAUUAUCUGAGGAACACUAACUAAGGUAUGAUUCCUCUAAUCUUCAUCACGAAGAGAGAGAUGUGCAAAAUCAUAUAAACACGGUUUACAGGUUCACAGAGUCUGUGUGUUGAGACUUUCUAUUUGAAGUUGUCUGGAAGAGUAAAGAAUCAGUUCUCCAUCCUUAGUUUCAGCCACGAGCGAUUUAUUUCAUUUGAGCCGUGUGUUGUUAAUUUCACCAUCUAUAUUCUAUAUAGUCUUUUGUAUUGAGACAUUUUAAAUCUAUUGGUUAUAAUACCAAAACCAAGCCAUAUUCUUUUUUCAGACCACUCCUAAAACAUGUGGUUACAUAAAGAACCUUUUGUCAAUUCAUAUUGUCAAGAAUCAUUGCCUUUA